GGAGGAGGAGGAGGAGGAGGAGGAGGAGACUCUUUAAAGUUGUAUUUUACCGAUGAUCCUUCAUUCAAAGUUCCCAAACUGAAGGGCAAGAAGGAAUAGAGUGGAGGGGAAGAGUCUGAGGUGAGGUAUGUUCUGAAUGCCGGCAUGCAAGGAAACUAAUCAGGAGAGAAUUUGCGUGGACUGCAAAGCUCAGCGUUCAGUUGUGCAGGCUCAAUGAGGGGAAUCAAAGGAGUUGCACGGUACCCUUUGUCCAAGCCGUCUUUUCUCUGAAGUUUUCCCUGGCUCCCAAUCAUGCCCAGCCAACAGAAGAAGGUCAUCUUUUGCACUGCUGGUAUCCUGAGCUUUGCGUGUUCUUUUGGAGUCAUAACAGCCUUAGGAACCCAGCUGUGGGUCAAAGCCAAGAUCCUCUGCAAGACCGGAGCCCUGCUUGUCAAUGCUUCUGGACAAGAGCUUGAGAAGUUUACUGGGGAGCUCCAGUACGGGCUUUUCCACGGGGAAGGGGUGCGACAAUGUGGCUUGGGAGCGAGACCUUUCCGGUUCUCAUUUUUUCCAGAUUUGGUCAAAGCCAUCCCAGUGAGUAUCCAUGUGAAUAUCAUUCUAUUCUCAACAAUUCUUAUUGUGUUGACAAUGGCCGGGACAGCCUUUUUCAUGUACAAUGCUUUUGGCAAGCCCUAUGAAACUCUUCUUGGCCCACUUGGACUGUAUCUCUGGAGCUUCAUUUCGUGUUCCUGUGGUUGUCUUGUUAUGAUACUGUUUGCCUCUGAAGUGAAGAUGCACCAUCUCUCAGAGAAAAUUGCAAAUUAUAAAGAAGGGACUUUCAUAUACAAAACUCAUAGUGAAAAAUACACCACCUCCUUCUGGAUCAUUUUCAUGUGCUUCUCUGUGCACAUUCUGAAUGGGCUUUUAAUCCGGCUUGCUGGGUUUCAGUUCCCUUUUGCAAAAUCUAAAGACUUUGACACUACUAGUGCAGCAGCAGAUCUAAUGUACUAAAAGAUGAAUUUUUUUUUUAUCAUCGUCCACAUAGGGAAGGAGGCAUCCUCGGCUCCUGGCAAUUCUGCCCCAAAAUUAGAUCUAAAUAGAUUCAAAUAAGAAAAUAUAUAUUGACUGGGGACUUUUGGGGUAAAUGGCUAUUUUCUGCAGCAGCAAGGGAAGAAAAGAAAGGUGGCAGAAGGAAGAACCUGGCAUGGGGAGAAGGGAUGCUUUAAACAGCAGGAAGCCAUUUUUCCCCAGGUAUUCAAAGGGAAUCAUGAACUGGAAUCGGUGAAAGGAUGCUCUUUGCAUAAAUCAAAGGCUGAUGAAAAGUCUCUUUUGCCAUGAGGGGGUCAGAAGAUGUCUGCUUUGAGAAGACACAUGCCGAACAGAAACUUGUUUUUUGAUCAGGGCAAUCUACGGAUGAUGCAUGUACCAGCAAUCAGAGCAGAGAGUGAGAACCUUUUUUUUUUUUAAAGACAGCCGUACAGUAAAGAAGCAUGUUCUGUGUUGGGGGAAAAAUAUAUCAACUGAUUUGACAAAAUUUGUCUGGAUUGCUGCUAAUUCAGUUACCCUGCUUUUUGGUUUGGAGCCUUCAUACCCUGAAAAAGACCAGAAGGAAGAAGCCAAGGUUCUCCUUCCCUCCAUGAGGCCAAGACACAAAAAAGGAUGCUCUUUGCAUAAAUCAAAGGCUGAUGAAAACUCUCUUUUUAAACUGAUGGACAGUGUCUGGGACUCCUAAUUUAUCUAGACUUAUGUCUAGAAUCAGAGAGUCUCAGAGGUGGAAGAGAGGCUGUUUCCUCCAAACCAUGCCAGAACAAGAAAGCCCCUUUGCCCCUUCCAGGAAAAAUGGCCGUCACUUUCUACUUGAAGACUUCCCAAGAGGAGAAGCCCCCAGGAUUCUGAAGUGGCCCAUUACACUUUUGGAUUGCUCUGUUGGGAAGUGUUUUUGCUUAUUUUUUCCCCGACCACAAGGCUAAAUCUAAGUUGCAAUUUCCGCCCACUACUUCUCAUUCAGCCCCCUGAGACCAAGCAGAUCAAGUCUAUUACUCUGUGUUCUACCACAUGCUAGCCCUGAAAUGGACUUUAGAAAUCAGUUAGUCCAAGCUCCUAAUUUUUCAGAUGAAAUGAACUGACCGAAGAUCCUAAUAAAGUUUAGAUCUGGAAGAAACCUCAGAGACCAUCUAAACUAGUCCCUUUGUUUUUACAAAUCAGGAAACUGAGGCUAAACCACUUGCCUCAGCAUCAGAGGCAGGAUUUGAACCCAGGUCUGCUGGCUACAAAGCCAGCACAUUUUCCACAAUGUCUUCAUGGAAAUGACUCGUUAGGGACCAUUUCAAACAAAGUACUGAAUCCUAUCACAAGCUGUAGAUACCUCUAUAUGUCAAACGAUCAUUAAGUUAAAUUCUGAACUUACAAUACUGCCACUGUGUUUUGUAGACUUCUUUUUCAUCUGAGAAUCUUAUAAUAUAAACAAACUAAGAUGUUGUCUCAAUUUACAAAUGGUUUUGAUUUAUUAGUGAAAAAUGAGUCAAAAAAUUAGUGGGAAAUCUCCAUAUUACAGGUUUCA